CCGAUUUUCACUCUCAGAAAAGCCAUGAGCAACAGUACUCCCUCUCCUCCCUCUUUCCUAGGCUUCCAUCUGGCUCUCGUACAACUUGGUCAGAUUGGAGCGGACAAAACCAAAAAUCUGCAACAUGCACGAGACAUGGUCCUCAAGGCAGCAACUGGAGACAAUGGAAAGCAUCCCAAACCAGAUUUGAUAGUCCUUCCGGAAUGUUUCAACUCGCCUUACGGCCAUGUUCAUUUCCCGAAAUAUGCAGAGACCAUAGGGUUAUCUUCUGGUCAACCUUAUGAUGCCGCGAACAGCAAAAGUGAAAGUGUACAAAUGCUUUCGCAAGUAGCUAAAGAUGCGGAUGCAUGGCUCAUUGGAGGGACAAUUCCCGAGCGCGACGCUUCUGAUGCUGAGAAAGUCUACAAUACCGCGACCGUGUACUCACCAAAGGGUGACUUGGUCGCUAUUCACAGAAAAGUUCACCUGUUCGAUAUUAACAUCCCAGGAAAGAUCACGUUCAUGGAAAGCCGAACUCUGACAGGGGGAGACUCGCUCAACUUUUUUGACACUGAAUUUGCACGAAUUGGUCUCGGAAUAUGCUAUGACAUUAGAUUCCCCGAGAUGGCUAUGAUUGCGGCAAGGAAAGGCGCGCAUGCAAUGAUUUAUCCGGGCGCUUUCAAUUUAACGACGGGACCCAUGCACUGGGAGCUACUUCAACGAGCAAGGGCGGUGGAUAACCAGAUUUACGUAGCUAUGUGCAGUCCAGCACGCGACAUGUCAGCAGGAUAUCAUGCGUGGGGUCACUCCAUGAUAGUUGAUCCAAUGGGUAAGGUCAUAAGCCAGACGGAGGAGACCGAAGACAUCGUGUACGCUUUCAUAGACCCAGAGGUCUUCCAAGAAGCUCGUGCGGGAAUUCCCGUCACGACGCAGCGCCGCUUCGAUGUGUACCCCGACGUCUCGGUGAACCGGUAACUCACAUCCUCUGUGACGGCCUUUGCUUUCUUUUUCGUUACCUCCCGAAAUUCUUGGGCAACUUUGCGCAUACGCCUUCGGAGUCGGUUAAGAAGUGGCGGAAGUUGAAAGUACGAAUUUCGAUGACGUUUGUAAUUUGAGCAAGCUAUGAUUUCCAUUCUGUACUUUGAGAAAAUAAGGAUAGACAAAGCAAU